AUGGCUCCUACAGUCCUUCACUUGCGGGCCGAGGACAAGCCCCUCGAGCACAGAUCUGCUCUUACCCCCACCACAACCAGAGCUCUUAUCUCCGCUGGCUACAAGGUUAACGUUGAGCGUUCUCCUACAUCUGCCAUUCGUAAGCGAAUCUUUGAUGACUCUGAAUUCGAGAAGGCGGGUGCCACACUUGUUCCGGAAGGUAGCUGGGUUGAUAUCCCAAACGACCAUCUGGUCAUUGGAUUGAAGGAGCUUGAUGAGACCAAGGAUUUUCCGCUCAAGCAUUCACACGUUACCUUUGCACACUGCUUUAAGAAUCAAGGCGGAUGGGAGAAGGCCCUUGGACGAUGGAGUAGGGGUGGCGGUGUGCUGUACGAUUUGGAGUUUUUGCAGGAUGAUAAAGGUCGAAGAGUCGCGGCAUUUGGCUACCAUGCUGGGUUUGCUGGAGCUGCUCUCGCCAUCAAGACUUGGGCUUGGCAACUAGAACACCCCGAUGGCCCACCUCUUCCGGGGGUUGACGAGUUUACCGGUGGCAAGGGAUACUAUGCUAGUGAAGAAGAGAUGUUGGAGCAGAUCCGUGGUGAUGUUGCUAGGGGUGAGAAGAUCGCUGGCCGCCGGCCACAAAUUCUGGUCAUUGGCGCUCUUGGUCGUUGCGGGAGUUGUGGUGUUAGGGGUGCUGUCGAUGCUUGCGUCAAGUCUGGGUGCGAAGAUGUUCUUCGAUGGGAUAUGGCUGAGACUGCAAAGGGUGGACCCUUUACAGAAAUUGUUAAAGCUGAUAUCUUUAUCAACUGCAUUUACCUGAGUGAGAAGAUUGCGCCAUUUGUCGAUAUGAACAGUCUCAAGGCACCAAAUAGGAGACUCUCUGUUGUUUGUGAUGUUAGCUGUGAUACUUCUAAUCCAAACAACCCAAUUACAUUUGAUAAGCCUACUCUCCCCCUCAGCUUCUCUAACCCACCUCUAAGUGUGAUCUCAAUCGAUCAUCUCCCCAGCCUUCUCCCCGCCGAAUCAUCGGAUGCAUUUUCAAACGAUCUUCUACCUUCCAUGCUCGAGAUACAGAACCGAGCCUCUCACCCAGUUUGGCAGCGUGCUGAGAAGCUCUUCCGGGAGAAAGUUGCUACCCUUCCUGCUGAGCUACAGAAGAUUGAACAGUAG